UUGAAUCUAUUUCUCUGACUAAAUUAAUAACGAUAAUAACACAUUUAAAGGGAACAUAGUGUUUCCAUUUUAGAAGUCUUUUCAAAAAGGCAAUGCAAUGGAAGAGGUCGAUUUCUAUUAUGGCUUGGAUGCAUUCGAACAGCAGGAGGAAAAGAAAUCUAAAGAGUUGGAAGAUUUGGAGAAUAAAUACCAAAAAUCUCUUAAGACGGUCAAACAAUUGGAGGAUGAAAACAAAGCUUUAAAAAAGAAAAUACAAAAAAUAGAAAUUAAUUUUCAAAAUCUACUAGACACUGCUCGUUCUGAAAUUCAACGCAAGAACCGUGAAAUAGAUCGUUUAAGAACUGAGAAAGAUGAUCUGUGUUUUCGCAGAAUUUCGAAGCAUCAAUCAGACAGCGGUAAAAGCAAAAGUGAUGGACAGAUUGCAGUGAAAAAGAUAGAGAUAUCUUUAAACGAUAACACAGACUUUGUGGAAUCUAAAAAAAAAGUUAGUCCGCAAAAAAAAGGGAAAACUUAUCAGAAUAAAGAUGGUAAAAGAAUACGAUCAAGGUCACGCUCUUAUUCUCGGGAACAAAGCAAAAGUAGUCAUAAACGUCACCGCUCACGGUCUCGUUCAGUCGAAAAGUAUAAUCGUAGAAAGAGACGGUCCCAUUCAUUUGACUCAAUUAAGUACAAUAGAAAAGGAUCAAAACAAAUGAAAUGUCAUAACAAAGCUCUGAAAAGUAAAGAAACGUCAUACGUCCAUGCAGAUAAUAAUUCAAAAGAUCAUAAAGAAAAAAGUGGCCAAAAUAAGUCUGAGCAUAGCAAAAACUAUAAUUACCGCUCUGAAAUCCAUGAAUCGUCUAUCAAGCAAACUGAACGCAUUAAAAAACAACACGAUCCCAAACAAAACCUGAAAACUAAAAAAGAAGAAAAACGUUCUGAGCUGAAUGAUUUUCAAAGUUUCGAACCCGACGGAGAACUAAUUGAGUCACCUUCGCUCAAUUCCAUAUCUUGUGAAGAUAUCAGUGGCGAGAGGAUAUUUAAAGAAAAUUGUGAUAAUCAAUCAGGAAAGUCAUUAACUACGAGUUCUGCCAUCUCUUCAGGCGAUCACAUCGAUGUCAAUGAGCAAACUACUUAUUUAAAAAUAGCUGGAUUUGACAAGAACUUUCCGAAAAUUUUGGAUGCAAGCACGACCAGUAGGGAAUUGUCAUUUGAUACAGGUUUUGUUAACUUUAAACGUAACACUGCAAGUUUUAAAGGAGAAAAAGAAGAAGAGAUAAUUGAAAUACCUGGAUUAGAUUUAAUUGCAACUAAUGCGGUUAUCAGUAAUCAAUCAGUAGAAGAGAACAUCUUUGCAAAAAUUGCGGAUUCAGAUUCUAAGGUCUCUUCACCAACAGUAUGCCACAAAUCUGGAAAUCUAUUGCAAGGACUUGAAUAUAGUACAGAGCAUAAAAUGCCAGAAGAAGUUCGAAAGAUUGAUUUAAGAGAUGAAAAUGUAAAAAUUGGAAAUCUAAAAGAUUCCCAUCUAAAGAAUCUGUUAGGUAAAGAAUUAACAAACGCAUCGAGUGAAAAUCUACUAAGACAAAAUGAAAUUAGAGCGAGCAAAGGAAAUGACCAAGAUGAAAAUGAAAUUAAUCUUAAAAGAGAGAAUUCGACCUUUUUGGAAUUGUAUAAUGAUAAAAGUUCUCAAAUAUUGAAAAUAAGUCGAAAAACGGCGGAAAAAGCGUUUAGCGGCCGGAAAACUUGUGAUAAAGAAAUACCCUUGACGUCAGCCAUUACUAAAAUCCAAAAUAUCAAUUCAAAGCAGAAAGAAAAUGGUCUUAUUAUGAAUGAAGUGGAACAAUCAAAGAGACCUGAACAAGAACAAUUACUCAGCAAAAAUUUGGAAAAGCAUAAUGAGAGUGUGACUUCUCACAAGUCCGAAGAAGAUGUUAAUCGUCAAAAAUCGUCAUUUGAAGCAAAAUCUUCGAAGUUAUCUACAAAAGAAAAAGUAUCUCUAGACGAAGACGGGAAAACGUAUGACAAUGGGUCAAGCAAUGCAAAAAUAUGUGAAAUCGGAGAAACGAUAUUAAAAAAAGUCAGUGAGUCCUGCGGCCAUAUGUGUAAUAAUGGAAAUUCUCGAACGUCGACAAACGUGCAGCAAGAAAAAGUAUUAGUCGAUCAAGAAGUUUCUUCUGAUGUUAUCUCCUUGCAAAAUCCUAAUCACAUGGCUGAAAGUUGGCAAUCAGGUCAAGUUGAACCUUUGAAAGAAAAUUCUCAAACACUAAUCGAAGCAGAGCGAAUAAUAUCUGGACAAGGAAAGAAGUCGGAAGACAUAAUUAAUCAAACAAUUUUCUCCGAGACGAUCUGCUUACCUGCGUCAGUCGAGAACGAUACUAAGAGUUCACAAGAAAAAUGUGGAUCGGCCGCUCUUGGUACGAUAAUGACAUCUUUCUGCACUAACAAUUUAUUUGUUGGAGCCAAGGAGAAAAAUAGCGCACUAUGUCAAGCAAGUAAUAGCGCACAAAUUUGCCUACUACCACCCAAGAAUGAAAACAAAUCGCAACUGAUUUCGGCCGCGAACAUUGUGAACGAUGAAAAAGGGAAAUUAAAGUUAAGCGUUUCAAAGGAGAAAGGCGAAAAUCUUGUUGGAGAAACUGCGACACCGAAUUCUGAUCAACAAAUAGAAAAUAACUGUGAAUUAGUAGAACGAAAAGCUGGACAAGAAAAACUAAGGUUAUGUUCUUUAGAAAAAAAAGAAAGAAUAAGUAACAUAGAAAAAGUGGAAGAUUUAAAAGGAAAUAUAUGUUCUUUUACUAACACCGAUGUUAAUAAUAAAUCAGUUAAGGUAUGUUCCCUAUCUGGGGACCAUAAACAAAAUAUGAAGUCUGUCCCAAAGGCUCCGGAAGAGCAAAAUCGUAACAAAAAUGAAUUACAUAUAACUGACGAGAACUUAGGCGGUGCUGAUAAAGAUUUUAGUAUCACUCUCCAGCCCAUAUUGUCUCAAGAAUCAGCAAACAUUCCUUAUGCUAUGUCCAGUGAUAAGGUACUAUACAGUAAGAAAGAGGAAAUUAUUUUGAGAAAGGAAACAAAAAAGUUGGAGAUACCAGUAAAAGAAGUGGAAGAAUUUGGCAAUAGUUUACCUAGCAAUGAUUUAAGCAGUCAAUUGGAAAAUCUAAAUAAAACGCAGAUGGCUUUUAAUGCCAUGCAAAUUCGAAAAGAAACGGGCAUCGAUAUUAAUUCUGCUGACGAUGAUAAAGGAAGGAUAAGAUUAAUUACAAAAGAAAUUGACGAAGAAAACGUAAAUAAAGUAGCUCAGGUUAUAAAAUUACUACCCGAAUUGAAUGUCGUGCCGAAGGCAUUAAAUAAUGGUAAUAACGAGGCAGUUUUUCCAAAAUCUCUUCACAUUUGCAAUUCAAAUGCGACCAUUACUUCGAAAUCUACACAACUAAACAUCGUAGUGGCUUCGUUACUUAAAUCACCAUACUGUAAUAUUUCCAACAAUCCGCAACCAGCUAAAGAAACAUCUCCUACUAAACCAUCAUCGGAAGCAUCUAGUAGAUCGGCAACCGCUUCCACAAAUUCAACCGAUGUUUCGAACAAAUUGAAUAAAUUUAUCACUGAUAAUGCUCACGAAACAUCUGUUACUAACGCUUUGAAGAAUUCAUGUGUAGUACAGCAAUUGCCUUGCAUUACAAAUCAUUCAAUGGAAACUUCUGUCAACUUUAAUAACGUAUUCAGUAAAACUAACCAGGAAACGCUUACUACUACGACGUUAACAAGCAACUCUUUAGAUCUUGUUCGAUCUAUUAAUCACAAGUCUUCUAUAAAACAUAAAGAGUACAUUCUGCCGGCUGCUAGUGUCCUGUGCAAUGUACACAACUUGGAAAAUGCUACGAAAUCGACGGAAAUGACAAACAAAUCUGCAUUUUCGACCAUAGCGACAAGCAAACAAAAAAUAACUGAAAUUGAGGAUGGCAGCGAUUCUGACAGAACUAAUAAGGAAUCAGCUGAGAGAAAAGAGAUCUCGGAACCUUUCAUCAAAAGCCCAAAGAAGGCUUCUUUGACUUGUUUGGAAAAUCUGUCAAACUCUGAUUUGAGUAAUGGGAACAACGAUGAUGAUAAUUCCUCUAUAAAAGACUUAAAAAAUGACAAAGAAAUUGUUUUAAAGAAGCCGCCAUUGCUUGGUCUUGCACCCAUAACUAAAGCUGUCUGUUAUUAUAAACAAGUUAAACGCUUAGGCAAAAAAAAAUUCUAUUUUAGAAAUGUACAAGCAAGAAGAACCAAAAAGUUCCGAAGCGUUAAGAGCAAAUUUAAGCCAAGAGAUGGCUGGGGAAUUAAAAGGCGAAACCGAAACUCUUUGCCUUUAUACGCAAUUGAUGUGAAAGGUGCUGAAAGUCAAGAGAGUAAAGUCUUCGAUAAAUAUGAGAAAAAUAGCAUCACAUCCAAGUGCCUCAAUUCAAGUGAGACGGAGAAAAAAGAUCAAAAGCAAGCAUGUGUGGAAAACUUGAGGGCAGAAAAAGAAAUGGAAGAGAAAAAAGGCAUCGAAGAUGAAACGAACGCUGCAAGAAGAAGCUCCUGCGAAAAUGAAGCAGAACGUUUGGCCAUGAAUGCCACAAAUAGUGCGCAAGAAAGUUUGGAAAUUUCUCCAGACUCUCCUACAAUCAUUCAAUCUACUAAAGCACCUGCGUUGAAUGUCUCUCAAAUAAAAAAUAUAUUUCUAGAAAAUGGUGACAAGGAGGAAAUAUUACCAGGUGUCAGUAAAUUGGAAGAGAUUUGUGCUGAUGAAAAAGCAAACAACAACACCUUUCCAGACAAGGUCAAUAAAUUUCAAACGCCAACGGCAUACUUUGCAGGUUUGGACUGCUCAAAAUUCUCUGAUGUAAAGUGUUUGGAAAAGAUUCUCACGGCCAAUUGUCUUAAAAAUAAAUCAUAUAAAAUACCAAAGUUGAAGAAAUCAUUCGAAAGUCUCAAGUCGGUCAAAACAAACAAAAGAAAGUUAUUUAGUUUACAAGACGUUGGAAUUUAUGUUGGACCUAGAAAGGGGCAUCUUUCGACCUUUUGUGCACCUAAGAUUAAGGCAAAUGAGACGAUUAAAAAUCAUAAAUGUCUAGAAAUGACUGAUCAAGAAAUAAAAAAAAAUGUUGAAAACAAUCCGAGAGAGUUCAAGGCUACCGAAACUAAAAAACUAGAGACGGAUGUCUCUAAAUCAAAUGUCACGUUAGCUGGAAGCGAAGUUGUCCGGUCCGGUCUUGGCUCCGAUAAACAAACCAGGGCUUUAAAAAAUAAGGAAACUUUUGACGAAACUUCUUUAGAUUAUGCGUUCAUGAAAGCAUCGCAGAGUGGCGAAGAUAGACAUCCGCAAUUGAAAGACGAAAAGACGGAGCAAAUAAGCAAUUUGAAUCUAAUUGAAAACGUGGAAAAUACACACUUUGCAGAGCCUUCCGACCGCGAUUCGGAGCAGAUUCGGAUUAAUUCCAAGGAAAUCUUUUCCUCAUCAUCAAGUAAAAAAGGCGCGGAAAUUACCAAAGCGUCUUUGAAUCAUAAACCUUGGGACAUUCUAAUGCCUAGGUCUCCAGAAAUUGCACAAAAAUCUAUAGUAAAACCUCUUAAGUUACUUCGUCAGCCUGUAAAAAAUAAUACACCGUUAAACGAAAGGGUCAAAGUAGAUCAGAGUAUCAGCAAACUAGAAAGCACCUUUUGUAUUGAGGGGAAGCAAACACAAAAAGAUACCGAUGUAGGUAGAAAGCCGAAAGAAAAGGUACCACAGGAAUCAACAAAUUGUGGUAAAUCUUCAAUUGACAAGCAAAAGGAAAGUGUAGCUGUUACACCUAGAUUCAGUGAAGAAAAAACGCCCGAACAAUUGAACACAUCAAGUAAAAUGUUCACUUCAAGUGAAGAUAUAAGUGAACAGAGGAACAAAAUUAAUGAUAAAAUAGAUGACAUGUCAGAUAAUUAUUCUCAAAUUUCCGUCGGUGUCGCGCGUCAUAAACGUCGCAAAUGUGUGAUCUCAAAAAGACGGAUACUAGAUUCAGACAGUGAUGACGAAGAGGGAUAUUCAUCGAAAUCUGAAGGCUCUGUCAGCGAACACUGCAACAGUAGUAGUCUUACAACAAAAUUUCAACAGAAAAGUUGCCCUACACUAAAAGUAACCCAAGUAAAUAAGAACGAAACUAAUUUAGAUGGUGAGAGCAUACAAAUGCCUAAUGGAAGUUUUAAUUUACCUCAACUUAACCAUUCAAUAUUCAAUGGAGACAGUGUGGAUAGUACGGCAACAGAAGUGGUGCCAAUCGUGAAUUCUGCUAACACAUCACAAGAUGAGAAGUUUAAAGAAAUUGAUACUCAAUUAUCGGCAAUCUUUCAAUCACCGCAGUAUGAAAAAGAUUAUACGAUUAAUAAUAAAACGGAUGUCAAUGACUUCAAAAUUGAUAAUAAGAUGGAGAUAAACACUAGUGAAGUGAUACAAAAAGAGAGUGGGAUUAAGAAUCAAGAGAACGAUUGGGCUUCACUGAAUGUGUCCGCAGCAGAAACAACACAAUCAAGUUUGAAUUCUUCAGCAAAUAGUGUGAAAUGUUUAUCCUUAGGCUCUACAGAAUAUCGCUUCGAGAAAGUGUCUAAUAAUGUGGUGAAUUUAUUUAUAUCGCGUAAGCGUAAACGCAAGAAACCAACGGUCACCGACGUUUUAACUGCUUAAAUUCUGUAAAGCUUAAAAAGGUUUUCAAAAUUUAGAAUUUAACGUAGCUCCUUAAAUAAACCAUCAUUUAAUACAUUAUACUACAUUUUUUCGAUAUGAGAAAAGCCUAUAUGAAAAGAAAUAAAGCUUUACAAAAGUCUGAAUGUUUGUAAAAACCAUAUGGCUACCAUUAAAAUUUCAUGAAAGAUUUUGUAGUGUAACUCUACUUUAGAAUACAUUUAAAAGCCAUACAAAACAGUGUGACUGUUUGCCAGUAUGACAGUAUGACUGUCAGCUACUAACGAUUGUAUUCUGUUAAGCCCUUAAAAUUUUUCAUUUAUGCUAGAGGUCCAUCUCCACUCAUCAACUCAAAAAAAAAAAAAGCAUUAUGGUAUGUAUGGUUGAAUUAAGUUUUUAGUACCCGAGCGAGAUUUGGAUCGGAAUGCA